AUGAAAGCACACCUCACAGUGGAUGAGCGUGACUCAGCCAAGUUUUUGAAAGCUCGUCCUGUCCCCUAUGCAUUGCGUCCAAGAGUAGAGACAGAACUAAAACGGCUAGAGGACCAGGGUAUUUUGUCCAAAGUUGAAUGGUCAGACUGGGCGACACCAAUCGUACCAGUUGUGAAGAAAAAUGGUGCGAUACGGCUAUGCGGCGACUUCAAGGUAACAAUCAACCCAGUUCUCCAUGCAGAUCAAUACCCGUUGCCACGUAUAGAAGACAUUUUUGCUUCAUUAGCUGGAGGGCAACAUUUUUCAAAGAUUGAUUUGGCCCAAGCCUAUUUGCAAAUGGAAAUGGAUGCUGAAUCGAAGAAGUACCUAACAAUUAAUACCCACAAAGGCCUCUUUCAGUGCAAUCGGCUAGUGUUUGGUAUUGCAUCCGCGCCUGCGGUGUGGCAGCGUGCUAUCGAUCAAGUGCUACAGGGCAUUCCAGGCAUGCAGUGCUACUUAGAUGACAUUAUUGUGACAGGUCAUGACGACAGCUCCCAUUUGGCUAAUCUAGGGGCUGUCCUAAUGAGGCUAGCUGAGUGUGGACUUAGAGCCAAUAAGGACAAAUGUGAGUUCUUUAAAGACUCCAUUGAGUACUGUGGGCACAGAAUAGACAGAGAGGGUCUCCACAAAUCACAAAACAAAAUUGAUGCCGUCCUGAAGGCUCCAAAACCCACCAAUGUUUCCCAGCUUCGCUCAUUUUUGGGACUGGUCAAUUACUAUCACAAAUUCCUGCCAACUGUGCUUCAUCCAUUGAACAGCCUCCUACAAGCAAAAGUGACCUGGAAAUUGACAAAAAGUUGUGACCUGGCAUUUCAGACUGCGAAAGAACUUAUCACGUCUGAAAAAGUCUUGACUCACUAUAACCCAAAUUUACCUCUUCGCUUGGCUUGUGAUGCCUCGCCAUAUGGCAUUGGUGCUGUCCUUUCACACAAAAUGCCAGACGGCUCUGAACGCCCUACUGCCUUUGCAUCCAGAUCUUUAUGUGCUGCUGAAAAGAACUAUGCACAAAUUGUGGCCUUGCCUGAAUACUUCAGCCGACGUGAACAGUUAUCCAUGUGUCAUGGGUGCAUCAUGUGGGGUACAAGAGUUGUAGUGCCACCCAAGCUGCGAUCCCGAGUCCUGGGAGCACUUCAUGAUGGACACCUGGGUGUGGUAAAAAUGAAAAGUCUUGCAAGAAGCUAUAUAUGGUGGCCAGACAUUGAUCAACAGAUAGAGGAAAUGGCCAAAUUAUGUCCUGGAUGUCAGCAGACGCAAAAACAGCUUCCAUCCGCCCCUGUCCACAGCUGGGAGUGGCCAACUGCCCCUUGGCAAAGGAUCCACGUGGACUACGCCGGGCCUUUCCUAGAUCGUAUGUUUCUUGUGGUGAUUGAUGAGUAUUCAAAGUGGCCAGAGGCAUCCAUAGUGAAAAAUGCCACAAGUACAAAAACAGUGGAAGUACUCCACACACUGUUCGCAAGGACAGGAUUGCCUGAACGACUUGUCACUGACAACGGCAGUCAAUUCACAUCCGAGGAAUUUCAAUCCUUCAUCCAGUGAAAUGGCAUCAAGCAUUACCACCCUGCUACGAAUGGGCUGGCUGAACGAUUUAUUCAGUCAUUUAAACAGUCAAUGAAAACAAUGUUAAAUGCUCAAGGGUCACUGCAAGAGAAGAUGGCAAAUUUCUUAGUUGCGUACAGAAAUGCUGACCAUGCUACCACAGGUCAAGCUCCUGCCGUGUUGUUCAUGGGAAGAAGACUGAGGUCACGUCUUGAUUUGCUAAAGCCUGACCUGCGUAGAGAUGUCAUGCAAAAACAUGCCAUCAAAGCAAAGACUGGUCAUACACCGCACCUAACCGAGGCUGUGUAUCUCAGUCUGGUGGCCAGACUUAACCAGCCAGAUAUUCAGGAGGAUCCCACUGCCCGAGCUCUUGCUGUCCAGAAGAAAGAUGAUUCGGGGGUGCAGGACUCUGCUGAGGCUGCCCUGCUCCUAAACCAGCUUCGGGGGGAGUUCACCAAAAUAUCUCCAGCUUCCCUGCUGGGAGAACUGGAGAGAGCAGAGGGGAUGCUGAGGCAACUGUUCUGCUUUAGGAAGAAGGAGCAGGCUUCCUCCACAGUAGAUGCCACUGUAGCUGAGAUCCCUGCUGCCCCUUCCCCUGAGGUGACACCCACACCCAAGCCCGUGGUUCCUGUGCCUGCAGCACCCCCCAUGAUUCCUGUGCCUGCAGCGCCCCCCACAGUUCCUGCGUCGCCAGUGGAUGCUUCGGCCCCCGUGGUUCCUGUGCCGCCGCCCGUGGUUCCAGACCCUCCAACUCCACCCCCUGUGGUUCCAGACCCUACUCCCAUGGCCCCAGUCCCAGUCCCCGAGGAGGUCCCUAAUUGUCAGAACACCGCUCCUACCUCUGUAAUGGAGUUGGAGGAGGAGCUCGAAUGGGACACCUCGGGGAUCUCCUUCACUUCCCUCAUGACCCCCUCUGGAGAGACUCCCACGUCACCAUCGCCCCAGCAUGGCAGAUCCCGGAAAUCAAGCCAGUCUACCAGCUCGAGCUUCCUAUAA